GAAGACGCCAGCCAAGGAGUAGUUCUCCGCAUGUGUCCCCCGCGAUGUUACGUCUGAUGCCGGGAACCAAUGUGCCGCAUGCGUGCCAGUAACGCAGCUUGGCAAGAGAUAGCACAGGAGCAGGCCCGCUGGUUACUGUCGCCUCCUCUCCAUCAUGUCGCAUGUUUGAUCGAGGAUAAAGAGGCAUGUUCCCCGUCCUGAUUCUUGACGUGCCGGGUUGGCAAACAAUUUUGAGCUACGAUAAUUUUACGUAGAGUCGGAAGCGACCGUUGAGAGCUCGGUAGUUAUUGAACUAAACCGAAAUUGUCCUUGAAAGGUGGUUCACGAAACCCCAAGGAAAGACACCCGCACUCAGCCAUGACUGCGAUCACAACGUCCGGUGAUGCCUCCGGCGGCGCCACGGAAAAGGGACUCGGGAGCGACUUUGACCGCGCCGAGUCCAACAACGGGACGCUGGCGAUAGAAUCGCUAGACGCCGCAGCAGAGCAAAAGCUCCUCCUCAAGCUCGACGCGUACUUUGUCCCGAUCAUCAUGGUUGUCUACCUCACCUGCUUCCUCGACCGCACCAACAUCGGCAAUGUCCGGGUCGCCGGCAUGCCCGAGGACAUCGGUGCCUCGACGCAAGAGUUCUCGACGGCCAUCUCCAUUUUUUACGCGACCUACGUCGCCUUCGAGCCGCCUUGGACCGUCAUGAUGAAGCGCAUUACCCCGCGCGUCCUCCUGACCGGCCUGUGUAUCGUCUGGUCGCUCUCGACCGUCUUCUCGGGCUUCAUCCACAACAUCGAGGGCCUCUACGCCGUGCGCCUCGUCCUCGGCGCCUGCGAGGCCGGCCUGUUCCCGGCCCUGAACCUGUACCUGACCAUGGUUUACAAGCGUGAGGAGCAGGCCAAGAGGGUGUCGUACCUGUUCGUGUGCUCGGCCAUCGCGGGCGCCUUUGGGGGUUUGCUCGCGUACGCGCUGCUGAAGAUGGACGGCAUCGCUGGCUACGCCGGAUGGAGAUGGGUUUUCAUCAUUGAAGGAGUUGUCAGCAUCCUCAUCGCGCCGAUUCUCUGGUUCGGGUUGCCCAACGACCCGUCCGAGGCGUACUUCCUGACCGAUGAGGAGAAGAGGAUGAUGAAGAUUAGGGCUGCGCAGCGUGCCCAAUACAUGGGCAGCGACGAGUUCAGCUGGGAGGAGAUCAAGAUCGAGCUCCGCGACCCGAAGCUUUACUUGAGCGGUGCCAUCCAGUUCUGCCAGGACAUCCUGCUCUACGGCUUCAGCACUUUCCUGCCCUCUAUCAUCGUCAGCAUGGGUCGGACGAGCAUGGAGGCGCAGUACCUCAGCAUCCCCGUCUUCCUCUUCGGCGCCGUCGCCUUCCUGUCCAUGGCCUACGUGUCGGACCGCAUGCUCGUUCGCGGGCCGCUCGUCUUCCUGGCCAACAUCCCCGGCAUCGUCGGCUACAUUCUCAUCAUCUGUCCGACGAGCGGCGGUGUCAAGUUCUUCGGCACCUUCCUGUGCGCUGUCGCCGUCUACAACGGGCCGGGGCUCAACCUGACGUGGCUCAACGUCAAUGUCGCGCCGCAAUACCGCCGCGCCACGGCCAUUGGAAUGCAGCAGGCCAUCGGCAACUGCGCGGGCAUCGUCGCGGGCCAGAUCUACCGCGAGGCGCCGUACCUGCUGGGGAACGCCAUCUCCGUCGGGGCGCUGGGCGUCGCGCAGCUGCUGGUGGUGGGCAAGUGGUUCUAUAUCCGCCACUGCAACGAGAUGAAGAGGAAGAUUGCGAGCGGCGAGAUGGAGGAUAAGAGGAAGGUCAAGACCGGCGACUGGGAGUUGGACUUCCACUACCACCUGUAGAGGAGCUAUAUCGUCGGGCUGGGUCGUUUUUUUGCAGUUCAGUUUUGUCUUGGACAACCAAUCGAGAGUCUCACAAUGUCUAGAACCCUCGUCCCUAUUGCACUUCGCACCUGACACCAUCCAUCUCAAU